AUGGGUGCUACUGUGGAUCAGUCUGUUACUGGUACUGCGGGUCCAUUCAGCUACCGUGUUCAUGGCCAAAUCAUUCAUAGGAUCGGUUCCCUACUUCCUAAUAAUGGAAAACUACCAGAGUAUCUGCAGCUAUACAUUUUUGACACUGGUAAUGAGCUGGAGAACAGAAAAAAAGCGUUUACUAAAGAUGCUUCUACACUGGCUUUAGCUGAUGCAAUAAUCCUGGAAUUAAUUAAGAUGCUGGACAAUCACAAUAACCUAGCCAGGACAUUCAGGCAUGCAAGAGAUCGGAUUCAAGAUGCUGCAGUAUCUCAAUUCAAGAUAACCUUAGUCAGCCAGCCAAACCGUGGACGCCAGUAUGAUCUGCCUACUGCAAGUGAGAUUGGUGGGUUGGUGGUUGGCGACAUAACUGCAUCAACCGUAGGAAGAGAUAUUGUGGUUGAGCUCAGAUCCUCAUCGUUACAGAGGAUAAGCGAUCUCCACCCAUUGAUGAUGAGUCUCCAGUAUCCUCUGUUAUUCCCUUAUGGUGAACCAGGUUAUCACGAGAGGCUACCUUACGAAGGUCCUGAAGCUUCAACCGUGAGAAGAGAGUACAUGACAAUGAGAGAAUUCUAUGCUUACCAGCUACAGACAAGACCUACGGAGGGAAUGACACUCAUUAAGAGUGGAAGGUUGUUGCAUCAGUAUAUUGUUGAUGUGUACGUAGCUACUGAGACAGAGAGGCAGCUGGAGAAUGGUGAUGCUGAUGCUACACAGCUUGGUAAAAAGGUCAUCUUGCCUUCUUCGUUCACAGCUGGACCAAGAUAUAUGGCUGAGAAAUACCAGGACGCGAUGGCUAUAUGCCGUUGGUACGGAAACCCUCAUUUGUUUAUUACAGUCACAGCCAAUCCUAAUUGGGUGGAGCUAAAAUAUCAUUUAGAUGCUUAUGGUUGUAAAUCCGGUAAUAGCCGUCCGGACCUUGAAUGUCGCAUCUUCAAAAUCAAACUUGAUGAAAUGAUUUCAUAUUUCAAAAAAGGCAUAUACUUCCCUAAGCCCGACGCAGUGGUCUACACAAUUGAAUUCCAAAAACGAGGAUUGCCACAUGCCCAUAUCCUGUUAUGGUUGAAGGUUGUUAAAAAGGAAGUAUCAGCAGCCACGAUUGAUGAAUACAUAUCAGCAGAAUUACCAGAUAAAGACGUUGAUAAGGAAGGUUUUGAACUGGUUGAGCGACAUAUGAUUCAUGGUCCUUGUGGUAGAAUGCGCCCCACAUCACCUUGCAUGGACAAAGAAGAUUGCACUAAGAACUAUCCAAAACCUUUGUCAGAUCAUACAAGGAUUGAUAAGUCCGGAUUUGUUGUCUACAGAAGAAGGGCUGAUACUAAUGCUUUGGUAGUUAAAGGCAACAUCCAGCUGAAUAACCAAUUUGUUGUACCUCACAACCUAAGUCUGCUAAAGAAAUAUCAGGCCCAUAUAAAUGUCGAGUGGUGCUGCAGGAGUAGCGCAAUAAAAUAUCUCUUUAAGUAUAUAACAAAAGGCGUCGAUCGAGCUACCAUGCUCCUUGAAGAGAGUGAUUCGGCAUGCAGUAGUCACGGAGACAAAAAGAAAAAAGCAGAUACGGUUAAUGAGAUUGACAGGUUCAUUCAAGGCCGAUAUAUCUCUGCUUGUGAAGCUUCAUGGAGGAUAUUCGCCUUCCCCAUCCAUUACAACCAGCCUAAUGUGGUGAAGCUUCCGCUGCAUCUCCCGGGACAGCAUAGGGCAGUCUUUGAUCAAUCUGAUGACCUGGCCGAAUUCAUUUCACGAGAGGAUGCUGAUAAAACUAUGCUGACAGCUUUUGUCGAAGCGUGCAACACGUACGAAGAGGCAAGAGAGCUGACAUACAUUGAGUUCCCUUCCAGGUUUGUUUAUCAUCCAUCUGAUAAAACAUGGACACCUAGGCAGCAAGGGGAAGCCAUUGGUAGAGUCGUAUACAUAAGUCAAGGAGCUGGUGAUUUGUACUUCUUCAGGAUCUUGAUUAAUGUUGUUCGAGGGCCCAGAGGUUUCGAUGCAAUGUACGCAGUUGGUGAUGUUGUUUAUAAAGAGUAUAAGGACGCCUGUUUUUCUCGAGGUUUACUCGACGAUGACAACGAGUGGCACAAGGCUAUAGAGGAGCCUUCUUAUUGGGCUACAGGGCGACAACUAAGGAGAUUGUUUGUGAUCAUCUUGGAAUUACAGAGGAAACGAUUACAGAUCAAGAGAUAUCUCACAUUCUCUCAUCUCUGA